UGACGGGAGCGGGGGCGCGGCCGCCGCCAUCUCACGCACCGCGGCUUCCCAUCAAACCCUUCCCAAGGGCUCCUGGAGGCACCAGAGCCUUCCUGGUGCGGGCUUGGGGUGGGGCUGCCACCGGAAAACACUGCCCGGCGAUGUCGCUAGCGCUAGGUCGAGCUGGCAGUGUCGCUCCUGUUGGGUGCAGAUCGCUUACUGCUACCUGCUGAUCCCCUCCCCAGGCAUCUCUGCUGGCCUGCUGUGGCACAGGCGGCUGUGCGGGACGAAGGGUUGGCACUUUGUCAGGCUGAGAUCCUUGCGGAGCAGGUGGUUUCUAGGCAGUGAUUGGACCGAGGAAAACUUGAGGCAGAAGCUCCUCUUCUCCUGCUGUUGGAUUUGUUUUGGAGGUCGCAGUUACCUGCUGGGUGGUGCCUGCAGCAGUAGCUCUGUGCCAGCAGACGGUGACUUCUCUCUGCUUCUUUUCAGGAGGUUCUAUAACAACGAUGAUAUAGUCAGGAUCUGCUGUUCCUUAUUUACAUAGAAAAUUUCCUGUUUCAGUACGCUUCUGAGUUUAUUUCCUGAAAGAUGAAAAAAGGACUAGAAAGCAGAGCUUGUCCCGUUGCAGCUCCAGGCUAUUUAGUGGAGUCAAAUCCAGACAAUAGCAGCAGCAAUGGAACCUCAGCGAAGGACAUGCUUUCCUCUUCUGGAGAACUGGAAAAUGUACAGCUGAAACUAAGCAGAGGAACAAUCAGAAAAGGUCUCUGUGGCUAUUUAAAUAAGCUGGGCAUCAAGGGGCCAAUCAAGACCUGGAAGUCUCGCUGGUUCUUUUAUGAUGAAAACAAAUGUCGUUUACUGUACUACAGAACUGCACAGGACAUCAACCCUUUGGGGUCUAUCGAUCUCUCCAGUGCCAGCUUUGAUGGCAGGGUGGAAAAUGGGGAAGGGGUUUUUGAGGUCAGAACCCCAAGCAGAGUUUUUACUUUAAAGGCAAUCAGCAAACAGGCAAUGAUGUACUGGCUGCAGCAGCUACAAAUGAGACGUUGGGAAUUUUGCAAUGCUCAGAGCAGAUUUCCUGUGGGCAGCUCCCAGCUUGUGAAUGAACCGCUGGCUGGCAGAACAAAUGUUGUUGACAGUGAAGACUUUCUGCCUCCAGUGAAAACACCAACAGAAGCAGUGGGUUUAAAGGCAGCAUCUUUGCCUGCACCCCAAACAUCUACUGCUUUGCAGAACAUCUCCUUUAAGCACCCUUGGACAGAGAUACAAAACACUGUCUACAAUAUCUGUGGCUCCAAGCAGCUCUGGGGGAACAAUGGAAAUGUCUUUAGCUUCAGUGAAUUACAGGAGCAUCCUGACAACCCAGAUGAGGAACAAGAGGCAGAAGUGGAGGCAGGGUGUGCAGUUAAGGAUGGGCUUCUGGAAGGUGGAAGAGUGGAACCCAGGCUGACUUGGGUUAGGAAAGCCAGGUGGAUGAACAGUGGCUUCCCAGGCUUGCCUGAAGAACUAUCCAAGGAAAGGAACCCAAAUGAUAAAGUGAGUGUCCUACAGCAACAGAUCCUGACACUCACAGAGGAAGUCAAGUCACAGAAGGAGCUGGUUAAACUUCUCCACAAAGCUCUGGAGGCAGCCCAGCAGGAGAAGCGAGUGUCUAGCAUGUAUCUCACUGCAGCAGAAGAUAAGGACAGGCUGGAGUUGGUGCGCCACAAAGUGAGACAAAUUGCAGAUCUUAAAAGUCAACUGGAAGCUCUUCAGCAAGAAAAGAAGGAACUGGAGCAGACGCUGACUCUGAGGGACAGCCACAUCCAGGAACUCAAGGAGCAUGUGCAGCUUCUGAUGGAGAAGAACCAUGCCAAACAGCAAGUCAUCAUGGCCUUGACGGAGCAGAUGGCCCGAGAGCUCUCUGACCCCCUGCAAGAAGCCAACACUAUCACUGCAGAGACACUGUUUAAGCAGCAGGAGGAGAUUGAGCACCUGAAGGAUGAUAUUGAUGCAUACAAAACUCAGAACCAAUUUCUCAACUCGGAGAUCCACCAGGUUACUCGACUCUGGACAAGUGUUGCUGAGAAUGAAAAAGCCCUUCUGAUGAAGUGUGCGUGCCUGCAAGCACGAAACUGCCAGAUGGAGAGCAAAUACCUGACAGUCUUGCGGAAGCUGCAGGAGGCUGUACCUGGCCUGCCCAGCUCUCAUGCUGAUUUGGUGAGGAACCUCAUCCAGGAAGCCCUCCAGUGGGAUGUGAAAGAAGAAGCAGAAGGUUUUAACCUGAACCCUGUAAGUGAGUAUGAUGAGUAUGGGUUUAUGACUGUACCUGACUAUGAAGUUGAGGACUGGAAACUUCUGGCCAAAAUCCAAGCCCUGGAGAUAAAGUCCAACAACCUGCGGAGCCAGGAAGUAGUGGAAAAGCCCCUCCGUGACAGGUGGAACAGUGGUGGAGAGCUGACCCCCUCUGCAGAGCUGAAAAGCCUGAUCCGAAGUGGCAUUCCAGUGGAGCAUCGGCAACGGGUCUGGAGGUGGAUUGUCAGCCGGCAUGGCAAUCAUAUACCUGACCACUACCAGCGGCUGUUACAGCAGAGCAAAAGCACAGAGCACCCUGCCUGCCGGCAGAUUGAACUCGACUUGCCCCGCACUCUGACCAACAACAAACAUUUUUCCUCUCCCACCUCCCAGCUCAUCCCCAGGCUCCGGAGGGUGUUGCUGGCAUUCUCCUGGCACAAUCCUGCCAUUGGAUACUGCCAGGGACUGAACAGAUUGGCAGCUGUUGCCCUCCUGGUCCUGGAAGAUGAGGAAAGUGCUUUCUGGUGCCUAGUCCAUAUUGUGGAAAACCUAAUGCCGGCAGACUACUACAGUGACACGCUGAUAACCUCACAGGUAGAUCAGAGAGUCUUCAAAGACUUCCUGUCAGAGAAGCUGCCUCGACUCAUGGCUCAUUUUGAGCAGUACCGGAUUGAUGUCUCACUCAUCACCUUCAAUUGGUUUCUGGUGGCCUUUGUGGACAGCCUGGUCAGCGACAUCCUUCUGCGAGUGUGGGAUGCCUUCUUGUACGAGGGAACUAAGGUGAUUUUCCGCUAUGCUCUUGCGAUUUUUAAAUACAACGAGGAGGAAAUUCUAAGAAUUCAUGACAGUGUGGAGAUCUACCAGUAUCUACGCUUUUUCACAAGAAUGAUCACGGAUGGCAGGAAGCUGAUGAACAUUGCCUUCAAUGACUUAAACCCCUUCCCCAUGAAACUACUGAGGAACCGGCGGUCAAUGCACAGGGAAGAGCUGGAGGCAGAGCUGUGUGAGCUGGAACAGAUCAAGGCAGCCUAUGUAAAAGAGAGAGCAGAACAGGGGCCUCAGGACCUGAAGGAUGUUGUUAGUGAAGAGGAAGAAGAGAUUUAACAAAAACAGAUUUCGUCAUCACUUCCACCUUGCAGAAGAUCUUCAGUAGCAGCUGCCUGUAAGAGAUGGAGCAGAGGGGAAAAGGUGGACACAGCAGGAGUCUUCUGAUUGCCUCACACUUGGCCGGCAUGAGCAUGUGGUCAUCUCUCUCUGCCUCACAGUUUUGCUCCUCCUGUGCUGGUUUCUACAUUGAUAUCUCUGUCUCUGACUCCCAUUCAUAACAGGAGGGAGGAGGUCUUUUGUGUAGAAGUUUCCAGUAGCGAAGGUGUUUGACCCAUAGAAUAUGGCACUCUGGGGGUGAACCUGAAAACCAUGUGGACUAGGUCAGAAAAGAUGGCUUGGUGUUCUUUAGAACAACCCAUUAAUUUCCCCUGAACCAAAGAGCUGGCCUCCAUGGGUCUAGCACACAGAGAUACCUCGCCUGCUUCUGGGAAUGGGGUCUGAAAGCCUUCUCCCCUGCCUCCCUGCCUCGCCCAUUCCCUGGGCUGGAUGCUCUGUUGUGCAGCUCAGUCCUCCACAGACUCUGGAUGAGUCAAGUGCUUCAGAUAAAUGCAGCUUCUUUUCCCUAACAUGGUGCCAGAUCCUGGUGCCCCACUUGCCUGCUGAGUGGUGCUUUAUUCCAGGCGUGCCCGCAGCGCUGGCACUGACAGCCUGCAGCAGACCCCGCUGUAAGCAGGACUCUGCUCUAUGCUUUUAGACUGCCCUUGAACCCAAGCCUAUUCAGCAGGUGAUGCAUCCUUUAAACCUCAUGUGGUAUAAAGUCAUCAGUGUUUGCAGAAGGGGGAAGAAGCAUUCAUAACCUGUCCUGUUCUUAGCCAGGUGGGCUGUAGCCAAGAUCACAGACUCCAGUGGAAACAGCACCAGCCUCUAUUGCCCUCAGACAUGUGGUCUGCCACAGCUCUGCCUUCAGCAUAACUGGGCAAAUUGACCAGUUUCAAAUAAUCAUAAAAUUGUGAGUUGGGAGAGAGCUGUGUAGGUCAACCACACAUUAUGGAAGUAAUCAAAGUGGAAAAGAGGUUUUGGGAGGAGUGGAUAGAUAGGCAAGAGUGAGGUGGACCCCCUGCAUGUCACUGGCAGAUGCACACAUUGAAAGUGUGGGACAAGAAGAAAAUGAUGCUGGAGUCUUACCACAAUGUGUCAAAAAAAAUGCACUGGUUUUAAAAAGAUGCCACCUAGCUAGAGAAGCUCAAAAGGCAGAGGGUUUUUCUUUACAGAUGAUAUUGCCAAUCAAAUUUACUCAUUAUCUAUUUCUCUAAUACUCAUUAUGUGCAUGGACUGUUAUGGACUUUUGAAAGGCAUUAUCUUUUAAAUCAAGACCAUGGAAAUUAGAAGUAUACAUACUACUGUAUUUUUCCUAAAGUCUUUUGCAACAGCUUAAAAAUCUUUUUCUUCAUCCUGCCCAUAUGGAUUUUAAAAAAGGCAUUUGGAACAUUCAUUAUGACACCAAGCCAUAGUCUGACAUAUGUCUACAGUAUAUAAAUAAACAUUGGUCUAUGUGGUAUAUAA